AUGCUCUCCAUGACCUACAGUGAGAGCUUGCGCAGCGUGGCCAGCCGGCCCAGCCCCGAGUGGGGGCUGCCCCCAGCCCCCCGGGCGGCCGACGGGCUGGAGCUGCGGCGGCUGCGGGACGUGCGGGCGGCGGCGCGGGCGAAGACUCUGGAGGAGUUCCUGCGGAUGCACGGGCUCUCCCUGGCCGACAGUACCGCCCGCGCCACUGGCAUGAAGUACAGGAACCUCGGGAAGUCUGGGCUGCGUGUGUCCUGCCUGGGUCUGGGAACAUGGGUGACUUUCGGAGGGCAGAUCACAGAUGAGAUGGCAGAGCAGCUGAUGACUUUAGCUUAUGACAACGGCAUUAAUCUCUUCGACACAGCAGAAGUCUACGCUGCUGGCAAGGCCGAGGUGGUGCUGGGGAACAUCAUCAAGAAGAAAGGGUGGAGACGGUCCAGCCUGGUCAUCACCACCAAAAUCUUCUGGGGAGGAAAGGCCGAGACGGAGAGGGGCCUGUCCCGAAAACACAUCAUAGAAGGUCUGAAGGCAUCACUGGAGCGGCUGCAGCUGGAAUAUGUGGACGUGGUGUUCGCCAACCGGCCCGACCCCAACACGCCGAUGGAAGGGGACCCAUUUAGUUCCUCCAAGUCCAGGACUUUCAUCAUAGAAGAGACAGUGCGAGCCAUGACCCAUGUCAUCAACCAGGGGAUGGCCAUGUACUGGGGGACCUCGCGCUGGAGCUCCAUGGAGAUCAUGGAAGCGUACUCAGUGGCCCGGCAGUUCAACCUGAUUCCACCGAUCUGCGAGCAGGCUGAGUACCACAUGUUUCAGCGGGAAAAGGUGGAGGUGCAGCUCCCUGAGCUCUUCCACAAGAUAGGCGUUGGAGCCAUGACCUGGUCCCCACUGGCCUGUGGCAUCGUCUCGGGAAAGUACGAUGGGGGCAUCCCCCCCUACUCCCGUGCCUCACUGAAGGGAUACCAGUGGCUGAAGGACAAAAUCCUGAGUGAAGAGGGCCGGCGGCAGCAGGCAAAGCUGAAGGAGCUGCAAGCCAUUGCUGAGCGCCUGGGCUGCACCCUGCCCCAGCUCGCCAUUGCCUGGUGCCUGCGCAAUGAGGGUGUCAGCUCUGUCUUACUGGGGGCCUCCAAUGCUGACCAGCUGAUGGAGAAUAUUGGAGCAAUACAGGUCCUUCCAAAGCUGUCGUCUUCCAUCGUCCACGAGAUCGAUAGCAUCCUGGGCAACAAACCUUACAGCAAGAAGGACUACAGAUCCUAA